AGAGCGGCUUCCAAGAGCGGAAAAAACGAACCUGCAAAAAGACUCCGGCCAAAUGCAAGAAGCAGGGCGGCGAAUGCAUCCCCAGGAAAGCCCCUUGCGACACGGUCUCUGCCAGGGACCUGUGUAAGGGAAGGUCUUGCUCCUGUUGUCUCGGAGAUAACCCCAAGUGCAACAGUAGUCCCAAGUGCAGGUUUAGAGGCGGCUUCUGUUUCAAGAAGAAGAGGAAAUUAUGCAGUUCAGGCGAGGUGGAGAAGGAUGGCUGUGAAGGCAAGAAAUGCAUGUGUUGCAUUGCUAAGAAGAGCUGUUCGUGUGGAGUAACCAACAAGGUUCGCAUUCUGGGCGGAGCGGAGGUUGUACCCGCCCACAAGUACCCCUGGAUGGCGGGCGUGCUGGUGCCACACCUGCUGCCGUCUUACCUUUGUGGCGCGACCGUCAUCAACGACCUGUUCGUGCUCACCGCCGCCCACUGCCUCUUCGACGGCUACACCGGCCAGCAGCUGCGGCCCGAGGAGGUGAAGCUCGGCCUCAGCGACCACAACCAGCUCAUCGAUGACGCCCCUCAGGUGCCCGUCAGCGAGCUCAUCGUCCACGAGCUUUACAACAACUCUGACAUCUACUACGAUCUGGCGCUCAUUCGUCUGCAGGAGCCCUUGGUGUUCCAUGAUACCCUGAGGCCCGCGUGCCUCCCGACGGACGCCGCCGAAAGCUACGAGGGCCGCUGGGGCUACGUGUACGGCUGGGGCGUCACCAACACAUCCGACUUCAUGUUGUCUGACCGCCUGCAGGAGACGCGGCUGGCCAUUCUGGGGCCCGACUGCGACGGCAAGACCAUCGGGAACGUGCGGCCGACGCCCGACAUGCUCUGCGCCGCCACCAAGAAGGGCGGGAAGGACACGUGCACCGGCGACUCCGGGGGCCCGAUGACGGUGCCGGAGGGGAAGAACCGACACGUCAUUGUGGGCAUCACGUCCUUCGGCGAAGGCUGCGGCGAAGCGGGCGUCCCCGGCGCCUACACGCGCGUCACGUCGUACCUGGACUGGAUCUUGGAGAAGACGGCCGGCGCGGCCUACUGCAACUGAGGCUAGAACGUGUAAAUAUACACACACACACACACACACACACACACACACACACAC